UUGGAAUUCUGAAGCUUUCCUUUUUUACGAAUGUGAUUUUUUGAUUCGAAUGCUAAAACUGAUUCUGGGAUUUCCUGGAGUUGCCUCCCCUCGCAGAGGGAGUGAAUAGAAUAGCCAACCUCGCCCUGAUGAUCCAAACACCAUAAAAAUACUGGUACUUGAUAAGUAGUACUUCGAGAUUUUUACCAACUAAUAGACUAGUUUAAACACAGAAUUAGUGGGAAAAUAACGAUACGAAAGAAGCACAAAAGAGAUAUUUAUCUUACGCUGACUACCCAGCAUGCCUGGCGUGAUGAACGGCUAUGGAAACCGUUACCCUGACGACCAGUAUGAUGAUGGUUAUCGGAGAGGCCAACGUCCUCCAGGUCCUGGACCUGGUUAUGUGGACCCUUAUUCAGAUGCAUAUAGAGAGGAUACUAGAGACCCCUUAUACAGUAAACCACACAGAGAGCCAUCUUCUCACAGAUAUGAUCAAGACAGACCACCUGUAAACAAUAACGAUUUGGAGCCCAUGUUUAACUUAGACCAUCUAGCCACCUUCACAGUAGGACCUAAACAAGGUCUUGUAACACCCAACGAUGGUAUCCGCAAGCUCCACCAGAUGGAAAGAACCACUGGUGUUUGGACCAUGCGAUGCAAAAUGGUCGUUGAAAGACGGGACAUAGUCAUUCUUGAUUCACAAACAAGUGAUGAGAUGGAGAGAUUUCCCAUAGAAUUAGUAGAGGAACCCACCGCUGUCACCAAUUCUGACCCUAAAAAUGUUUACAACAAUAUAGUUCUAUUUACUGUAAUAGAAGAUAAACGAGCGCCACAGUCCUCUCCAUCAGAAAUGCACAUCUUCCAAUGCAUAUCCCAACCAGCAAUUGAUGUUGUUGAGGACAUCAAACGAGCCAAGUCAGGACAAACAUUCCAAAAACACAGUUACCAACCACCGCCAUUACUAGAUGUUGCCACUGGUCCACACAAUGGUGUCAGCAAUGUUCAAAAACAUGUAGAGAAAUAUGAAAAAGAGGCUGUUGUGGUUGACAAUGUUUCAGAAUUCAGGAACUCGCCACCAAUCAGCCCCUACGGCCCAUCAAAACGCCAGUGGUCAUUUAACAACAAACAAGACAGGGAUGAUGAUGCCUCAUCAAUUUCAAGUGAACGCCUAGAACGGGAGACUCAAAUCCUGAACCAUUGUUUUGACGACAUUGAGAAGUUUGUUGCCCGGUUACAGCAGUCAGCUGAUGCCUUUAAGGAACUGAAUAGGCGCAACAGAUCUGGCAGUAGACAACGGAAAGACAGGCGACAUGGAGAUGGCAUCCUAACAAUGAGAGCUAAAACCCUUCCAGUGCAAGACUUUGUAGACAUCUUCCAGAAAUUUAAAUUAUCUUUUAACCUGCUGGCUAGGUUAAAGGCACACAUUCACCAGCCAAAUGCUCCAGAACUAAUUCAUUAUCUAUUCACACCAUUAACGCUCAUAAUUGAUGCUAGCAAAGAUCGUGACGGAAGCCCAGUGCUAGCACAGAAAGUUAUUUCUCCAUUGCUCACCAGAGAUGCCAUAGAAUUACUGGUUCAUUGUCUCACUUCCAAAGAACAAGAUUUGUGGAUGUCUAUGGGAGAUUCUUGGACUAUAUCAAGAGAGCAAUGGAAGGCUUAUGCUCCCCCCUACAACCCAAGAUUCUAUGAUGGGUGGCAGCCCCACCCUUCCCUUCUUGAAGAGUUCAGUACAGGGGCAGGGAUGGCUUCUGUCGUCAUGGCACACCAGGACCAAAUAAGGAGGCCAGAUGAACGGCCAAGAGAUGAUUAUGAUCGGCAAUACCAGAGGGAUCGAGAACAAGAUAUAAGAGAAAAGGAGCUUAGAGAUCGAGACCUUAGAGAUCGAGAGCUUAGAGACCGGGAGCUUAGAGAAAGGGAGAUGAGGGAGCGAGAACAGAGGGAGCGAGAUGAACUUGACCGAGAAAGGAGGGAACGUGAACAACUUGAGAGGGAGCGCCGGGAUCGUGAACUGAGAGAAAGAGAAAUGGAAAAACAAAGAGAAAGAGAAAGAAUAGACAAAGAAAGAGAACAACGAUAUGGUAAACCCAACUUUGAGGAUACACAGAGGAGAUUCCUCGAGAGUUUACUGAGAAGUGGUGCCAUGGCUUGUGAAGUAACUCAUGACAGGGUUGGCAAAAAUGAAAAAGAGCUUACUGUGCAAAAGGGUGAGAUCAUUGAGGUUAUGGACAAUUCUAGAAAUUGGUGGAAGUUAAGAAAUGCCAAUGGUGACAUGGGUCAUGCACCCUACACCAUACUGAAGGAAUACCAGCAGACUGGUUCAGCACCAGGCCCCCCAAGAGACUCUUACGACAGGCGUGACCCUUAUGAUGAUAGACUCAACCAGAGUCAGAAUCAACAUCGUUAUGAAAAUCAUCCAUCUGAUCGUAAUGAUCGUAACGAUCACAAUGCCCCUUAUAGUUCAAAUCGUCCAACUAGUGGCGAUUAUAAUGACUAUCUCCCUGAGCCUACCCCUCCCCCACCUGCUCCUCUCUCGCCAACUAGACUUGAUAGUGAGGUUGAGAAACGCCGAGGAAAGAAAGUGAAAGCUCCACCACUUAACCUUCACGAGGAACUAAAGAGAGAGCUGACACAUGGCAAAAACAGACAAAAACGAAACGUAAAACAAGGAGUGACGUUAUACAUUGGAACUGAUUCUUCUGUGGAUGAGGUGCAAGAGUGGAUGCGUUCCAAAGAAUUCACAGAAAGGACAUGCAAUGCUUUGAUUGGAAAGACAGGCCUGGACAUGUUCAAUUUGAGUCGGAACCAAAUGGAGACAAUAUGUGGCCCCGAUGAGGCAGCAAGAUUAGACAGUCAGAUCAAAGUGCAAAAAAACAUUAGUGGGUAUAAGACACAGAGUGCCGUCCAGCUUACUGCUAUACUGCAACAAAGGAAACGUCAUGAUGGGAGUGAGAAUAAUUAUAGUCUUGGUAAACCACCAGAGUUUUCCCCCGACUCCCCUCAGUGCUCCAAUGACAAUUCAGAAGAUGACUCAGACAAUGAGAGUAGCAGCUAUCCUGCAGGAAACACACUCAGAGACAUGUUGCGCAGACAACGCUCAAAGAUUAUGAUGAAGUGAAUCGAUCAUGAUACAUCACAUCUCAAGAUCACCAUGAUGAAAAAAAUGACAUAGGAUCAGGGUUCCCACAGAUCUGGAUAUAACCUUAAGAACCUUGAUUAGUUGCAAAUUAUAGUUUGGUCAAGUUGGAGAUAAUAGUCUAGUUAGAAUACAGACACGUUUGGGACUUUGAAUAAUCUGCAAUUAAUACAUCUAAUCCCGAGCUUUUGUUACAUUGAUGUUAGUCCACGUCAAAGUAACAUUGGAAAUAUUUUAGACUCGUCAAUGCUUGGAAUAAUAACUCGGGUAUUUCUUACUAUAUUUGCACAUAGCCAUCUUUAGAUCUCAGGAGAUAGCUUUGUGUAAACU